CUCAUGGGUCUCGGGAAAAGAGAAAACCAGGUUUAUGUUAUCGAUUUUGGACUUGCAAAGAAGUACAGAGAUACAUCAACACACCAGCACAUUCCAUACAGAGAGAACAAGAACUUGACUGGAACAACAAGAUAUGCAAGUGUAAAUACCCACCUUGGAAUUGAACAAAGCCAGAGGGAUGACAUGGAAUCUCUUGGAUAUGUACUGAUGUACUUCUUGCGAGGAAGCCUUCCAUGGCAGGGCCUGAAAGCUGGGAACAAAAAACAAAAGUAUGAAAAGAUUAGCGAAAGGAAAAUUGCAUUUAAUACACCCAAUAUUCGGGAAGGUUUUCAGUUUGAUUAUGUUUUUAACUGGACCAUUCUAAAGUACCAACAGGCACAGAUGACCACUGCUCCACCUCGUGCAAUUGCUCCAGCAGUAGGACAAAGCUCUAGGAUGGCUCCUGUGGCUCAAGGACGAGAAGUUGCUCGUCAUUUUAAUCUUCUGAUGACGUGGUCUGCUGCAGUGCUGCCGCUUCUCUAUGUCCAGCCGACGUCUGCUGUAGUGCUGCUGCUUCUCUGUGUCCAGACGUCGUGGUCUGCAGCCGACGUCUGCUAUUUCUCUGCAUCCAGCUGUCAACGCCAGCUCCUGCUGACUGCUACUCUACUCUAUGCUCUGCUGAAAUCAUGA